GAAGGUUAGCCGAGAAAUCACCGUUUUAAGCUUGAAACACAUGUCCCCAUCCGGCUAGUAGUAGUCAUAAUGCCCUCCGUGCGCUGCCAUGUGUGCACACGCACAUGUUUGUAAUCAUGGCUGUGUUCUUGUGUGUGUGCUCUUGUCCUGUGGUUGUUGGGAGGUCUUCCCCGGAGUCCCUGAUGCAUUUCACCUCCGAAUCCAAUCAGCUUCUUUACCAACUGUUGGUUGUAGCACUUUAACCGACCAAGAAUAACUCUUAGUGAUUCUUACAUGAUGCCAUCCGCCGAAUCCUUCGACCCUUAGUUUCUUGGAUUCUGGGUCCGGCCAAGACACGCGCUAAGUAAUGGGGGGCAUAUGGAGAACAUAUAAGAGAUUGCUCCCGUCCUGGAGCUAUCCACUCUCUCUUUCUUCUUUCCUCUUCUCCUCUAUGCUUUUUGUGGUUUCAUUCUUUGUCCUCAUACUGUCAACAUGUGGACAACGACCUGCGGCUUGAAAGGGCGGACGCUCCGGGUGUGCAUCACCAUCACCGCCGUCAUGGGUUUCUCGCUCUUCGGCUACAAUCAGGGCAUGAUGGCGGGCCUCAUCGAUGGCGAAGAGUUUACAAGAUCCUUUAGUAUACUCCAAAUGCCCGACCCAGCGACGGAUUCGCAAAAACACUACAUUAACGUCAUUCGCGGUGCUGUCACAGCCUGCUAUGAGAUCGGCUGUUUCUUCGGCGCGCUGUUCUCGAUGUUCUUUGGCGAGAAACUCGGCCGCACUCGCUUGAUCUUUGCUGGUGCCAAUGUCCUGACCAUUGGUGCCUUGAUUACAACGGUCUCCUUUGGUGAUAAAUGGGGUCUCGGUCAGUUCGUCAUCGGCCGUGUUAUAUCGGGCCUCGGAAACGGCAUGAACACGGCCACAAUCCCCGUCUGGCAGUCGGAAUGCUCCAACGCUCACAACCGUGGCUUCCUGGUCUGUUUUGAAGGUGCAAUGAUCGCUGUCGGUACCUUUGUUGCCUACUGGGUGGUCUUCGGUCUCUCCCACACCACGGAUACCGUCCAGUGGCGAUUCCCCAUAGCGCUCCAGAUCUUCUUCGCUCUGAUCGUGGCCACCGGUGCCUUGGUAUUCCCGGAUUCCCCGCGGUGGUUUGUGAAGAACGGAUAUGACAGGGAGGCCUGCGAAGUUCUCGCUAAGCUCAAGAACACCACUCCUGACUCCGAUGCUGUCCUUACCGACUUCAACUUCAUGAAGGCGGAUGUGGAAUCCUCGAAGACCUCGGAAUCGAGCUGGACGGCGGUUUUCACAUUCGGCAAGACCCAGGAAUUCCAGCGCCUUCUCGUUGGUUGCUCCGGCCAGUUCUUCCAACAGUUCACCGGCUGUAACGCCGCCAUCUACUACUCGACGCUGCUUUUCAAGGAUAACCUGGGCAUGGAUGCAUACCUGUCUAUGAUCAUGGGUGGUAUCUUCGCUACCGUUUAUGCCCUUGCCACCAUCCCAUCCUUCUUCAUGAUUGAAAGGGUCGGCCGUCGCAACCUGUACUUGAUCGGUUUCCUGGGCCAGGGGCUCAGCUUUGUCAUCACAUUUGCUUGCUUGAUCAAGGAAAAUGAGGAGAACUCCAAGGGUGCUGCCGUUGGUAUCUUCCUCUUCAUCACGUUCUUUGCAUUCACUCUUUUGCCACUGCCCUGGAUCUAUCCGCCGGAGAUCAAUCCCCUCCGUACCCGUACAGUGGGUGCCGCAGCGUCGACCUGCACCAACUGGAUCUGCAACUUCGCCGUGGUCAUGUUCACGCCGCUUUUCGCUAACGAGAGUGGAUGGGGCCUUUAUCUCUUCUUCGCGCUGUUUAACUUUAUCGGUCUGGUAUUGGGCUACUUCUUCUAUGUCGAGACGGCUGGCCGUGAGCUUGAGGAGAUCGACAUCAUCUACGCCAGGGCCCAUGUCGAAGGGAAGAUGGCAUUCAAGGUCGCCAACGACAUGCCCAAGCUUGAUUUCGAGCAGAUCGUUCAACAGUCUCGCGAGCUGGGCUUGGAUACCUCAGAUCAUUCCGCACCUGAGAAGAACGAGCUUGGCCUCAGCAGCAGUGACAACGGCCAAGAGAUCGAGGAGGUGCAAGAAAAGCACUAGCUGUGUGUUUUUUAAACCAGAAAAACGAAAUAUGUAACUCAGUUGAAGCCAUCCUUGCGACGCAACACGCUGCUGGGAGACAUGACUGGGUUAGCCCUUUGGUGACGUGCUAUAGCAGUGACGAAGGUGAUAAUGAUGCUUGGACUGGAUGUUUUCUUUCUUCACUUUUUCCUUUUUUAUUCUUUUCUUGUGGACAUCUUAAUACUGCUGUUAGAUAGGACUGUUAGAAGUGCCCGGCUGGCAGAUACAUAGUAAAUACCCCAGACAAGAAAUAUGAAUGUUCCUUUGGAUACCAAG